AUGGUGUUGACGUACAAUUUGAUCUACAGCACCGCUCUCUUACCUUUACACCCUGUCCCGCAUCCAACUAUUCCCAGCUGGGCUAUCAAUGGUAUGCUACUGAAGGGGAGGGUUAUGGCGUCCAUGGUGAUCCACUCGACGCUGGCAUACGAUGCUGAUGAAACAGCAACUCUAGUACUUUCUCGGACAGGACUGACGACGUCAUUCACAUAUUUUGGAAGAUCUGUGGAUCGAAUAUACCUGUAUUCGUACGGAGCGAUUGGAUUUGAAACACGCCUACCCACUUCGUGGCGUGAUGUUCGGAAAUUCCUCCGGUCUGGAUUCUGGCCGGGACAAUCACUCUGCCUCCUCUGUGUCGCGGGGUCCAGAUUUAAUGUAACUCAUAUCACGUAUGGGCUUCUUGACAAGGGUCUCAUAGACGAGCGUCUUGUUUUGUCAUUCUUCCAGCCUCCACCUGCGCCGCCAAGGCCUAUGCAAGUAGCCCUCUUCGUUAGUUCAGGUGCCAUCCGCCUAAGCUGGCUUGACCUUGAUGUGGGGAAUGCCAGUACCGUAGUUGGUUUGUCGCAUGGUCUCACGCCCCAGUGGGAAGCCCUGGCUUAUGAUGGCAUUGACUUAUCGGCAACUGUCGGGUGCCAACACAAUGUGAAUUGUACAGUAGCGGACGAGCUAGUCCGGCCAAUAGGACCGAACAAACCGCUGGCGACUCGCAAUCACCCGUGGGCCACAGCCCCUUCGUACAAUAGCGGCUAUCCAAUUUUCUGCGAGCUUGGGUGUUCAAACUAUUACCUUAAUUGGACGUUGAUAGGCUGCCAUCAAGCUUGUGAUUACUAUUACCGCUAUGAGAUCACGUCAGAUUUUAGUGACCGUGCUGAGGUUGCUCGCUUUGAGUGCCAUGAUGGCUGCGCCAUCGGAAAUCUCCGAUGUCAGCCUGGCUUCUAUUGCCAACAGGAAGUCAUGCAACCAUGCCCGGCCGGCAAAUAUCGUGACAUUGACUACCACCAUGUUACACGGUGUGAUAAUUGUCCACACGGUCGUUACAGAGAAACCCUGGGUGGUCGAUAUAUUGAUAGCUGCGACAAGUGCAACAUGGGACGGUAUAAUAAGAUAACUGGUUCCGACUCUAAAUUUGAUUGUCUUCGAUGUCCCCCGGGUCGAUUUGCAAACGAACCAGGCAUGACCCAGUGCAAGUGUAUGACGUCAUACAAUGGAACAUUUGAAAUGAAUGCAGAUGGCACUGUCGUCUACCAUGAAUGCAAACCUGAAUCUUACUUGGACAUGCUGCGGCAAAAAAUUGUAAGUGUUGACUACUCUCCUCGGACAACUUUUCCAUAG